GCCGCGUCUCCGACCAUCGCCGAGGAACCAAAGCGAGAGACAGACAACCACUGCGAACGAAUCCAUCGCCAUGGCGUCUCGUCUCGUUGCGGCGGCGGCGGCCUCCUCCUCCUCCUCAGCGUCCCCCCUCGCCCGCCUAAUCUCUCGCCGCGGCCUUGCCGGUGCCGCUGACGGCCAUGGACCUGCCAAGGUGCCCUUGUGGAAAGAUCCGUUGAGCCCGAGCAAGUGGAAGGAAGAGCACUUUGUUCUAGCAAGCCUGUCUAUGUGGGGGGCUCUUAUUUAUGGCGGUUUCAAGCUUUUUGGUGGAAAGAAGGAAGACAAGACUGAGGUGGCACCAGCAAAGGCAUAGUUGCUUGAGAUGGAGCUCUACCUAUUUCUGCGGUCAGGCAACAAUGUUAAAUAAAAAAGAACGUUCUAUGUUGUGCUUUAAAGUUGAUAAAUUGUGGCAACCAGAGAUUUUGAUUUAUGUAGGCAAGAUACACUUACUCUCAUCCACCAUGAAUAAUCUUGCUGCAGUGGAAUUUCAUGUCGGCAAACACUGCAAAUGAUGUACUUCUUUCAUGUGAUUGAGUAGAUGUUUUACUUCUGUUGACAUCAACACUUCAGCACUGUACUUCCAAAUUGAUUCGCGCACUGUGCAGUGCUUCCUUUCUAUUGUGCUGUUACUGAUGAAUUUAACACAAGUUUGAUUGAUA